AUGUCGGGCCAGGCAUGGCAACGUAGCAACAAUCCCCAGCGGGUCGCCGAUUCCGCCGCCUUGCGAUCUGCAUCUGCGUCUGGCCCUCCAAACCAGCAACGCCAGCGGAACGAUGGUAAGCCUAACCCCUUCCAGUCUCACGAACAAAUCCUCACCGCCUCAGAAUCCUGGGUCGAGGUCGCUUCCCACCCGUCUUCAUCUUCCAUGUCUUCUAUAGGUGACGAGAUCGUAACUACGGGGCUCCAAGUGGGUUCGUCCUAUGACGCCCGAAGACGACGGCGUUUACAUCCACAAUCCUAUGGUCGUACCACCGAUUCUCGACAACCCACUGUUGUUGCUGGCCAAGCUGGAUCGAAUAGUAGUCAAGAAGAGUACGAAGAAAGUGAGAGCGAAGAUGACCGCGUCCUAACUAGUUCCACCGAAAACAUCACUUCCUCCCAAGCAGUCCAGAGCACACCUUUGCGACAAGCCCAACUUGCCGAAUCCGACUCGAGUGAUGAUGAUGACGAUCGGGCGACCGCACUGGGGAGACGCCCAUCGGAACCUUUCCAGCCUCAACCAAACGCAUUCUCGCAUCCACCUUCGCACCUGACCCACCGUCACUCCGCAAGUUCGACAAUCCCCCAACGCCACCACCGACCAUCCUUCGGCCAGCGAUCUCAGACUCGUAUCGAUCGUCGUGCUCCCAGUUUCAUAUCGCCGAAUUACCAGGCUGAUAAUGAUGCUGCUCUUCGCGCUAGUUUGACGACUUUACUCAGCUGUGCCGCCGCUGCAGGCAAGAGAUCGAAAGAUGGCGAAAAGGAGGUGGGCGAGAGAUCGAACAUGGCUGCUGGAAACCAACCUGUUGAGUUGCGCUUUGCUCCUGAAAGUGAGCUGAUGGCACCCUCACCACCACCAGCCCAGACACGAACAGCUAGCCAGUCCCCUAGGACAAGCCCGCCAGCAACCACCCCCCGCGAAGUCGUAGGCGAGAAGGUGAAGAGAGCUGCCACGCCGACAUCGGCUGCGAAGUCACCUCGAGCAACUAAGAAGAAGAGAACAAACGCAGCUUCAGCAGAGGAAGCUCUCAUCAGCCCAACACUCCUGACCUGGGUCGUAAGCGCUGGUGUUGUGGUACUGGUCUCUGUCGUCGGUUUUGGAGCGGGCUACGUCAUAGGAAGGGAGGUCGGUCGCCAAGAAACCUUGGGAGGUCUAGGUGCGAUGGGAAACGCAAGUGCGGUUUCCGAGGGAAGUAAUUGCGGAAGAGAUGUCAUUAGAACUGGCGGCGGCACCCUAAGAAGAUUCCGUUGGGGUACUGCUGUAGGAAGAAGUAUAACCGCCUAA